GGAGCGUCUGAACUUCCAGUUGUUGUCGUGUCUGCAGCCUGUGGUUUCUCUGGUACGCCUGCCGUGCCAAACACAAGCCAAGCUGCACAAUGACGCCUGUUUGGAUCGUCCUCAACAGAAUGGAUUCAGUCAACGUGAAGAAAACAUUUUGGAGAUAAGACAAGUGUCGCUUCAGUCCAGUCCAACAAACAACAUCGACCUCCUGGACUGAACCCUACUGUCCCGACAGCUCCCCCUCCGGAGAACCAGAGCAGGACUCCGGCUUCGACUGUGACUCUAAUCCAGAUCAGCCGUACAUCCUGCUCGAUUCUGGAUCUGAUGAUUGGGACCCGGACGGAAAAGCUGAUUCGGAAACAUUUUAUCUGGAUCCGGAUCCAGAGCAGACCAUCGUGAUCGAACUGGAUCCAGAAGAACCGGAUGCAGAUCAGGAUCCAUCCCUGGAGCUGGAGGAUGAAACUAAAUGUGAAGUCGUUCAGAUGGACGACAGUGAAGAUCAAGGCGCUGAUCUUUGUUGCUCGCAGGAGCAGGAGGAGGAGCAGCAGGAGGAGCAGGAGCAGGAGGAGGAGCAGGAGCAGGAGGAGGAGGACUCAUCGAUGCAGAAACCUGCUUCUGGAUCAACGGCCGAGGAGAUGGAGAGUGAAGAUUUUUGUGCCGUUUGUCUGAAUGGAGGAAAGCUGCUCUGCUGCGACCGCUGCCCUAAAGUUUACCACCUGGUCUGUCAUAUUCCUCCGCUCAUCAGCUUCCCACUAGGUGACUGGGUGUGUACGCUGUGCAGAAGUGACCAGGAGCCUGUGGAGAGCUACGACUGUGAGAACAGGCCCUCCUGUGGGGGAGCCAAAGCUCCAUACACUCUGUGCAGCCAGGACCAGCGGAGGUGUGAGAAGCUGACUCUGCUGUUGUAUUGUCACACGCUCAGCGCCCCGUUCCACGAACCUGUCAGUGUCCUGGCCCGAAACUACUACCAGAUCAUCAAGAGGCCCAUCGACCUGUCGGUGAUCCGCAGGAAGCUGGACCAGAGCAACACGCUGCACUACUUCACUGCCGAGCAGUUUGUCGAUGACGUCCUGCUGAUGUUCAAGAACUGCACCAGGUUCAAUUACCCAGACUCAGAGGUGGCCCAGGCGGGAAGAAGCUUAGAGAUGUUUUUCUUGAGCAAACUGAAGGAGACUUUCCCCGACCGGACGUUCCCAUCGGCACGCCACGACCGGACGGACAGAGCUCGCCUCCGGUGCCUCUGCAGGAAGAGGAAGGAGGACCACAGGAGAAGGAGAUACGUAUUUAGUGGGAAGAAAUAUUACCUGUAAUAGUUUAAACAACACAGUUUAAUUAAUGGAGUUAUUUAUUUAUUUAUUUUGAAAACUGUGACAAAACAGUUGAAACAUUCUUUCAGGGAUUUAAACGUUUAGUGAUUUAGUAUAAAAUCCAUUAAAUGUAAAUGAGCAGCAGAAAGUCACAAACAUUGUUUUGUUGUUUAAAAACCGUUAACAUCUAGAAAAAUCAAUUUCUUAUUUGCAUUUUAUUUAUUUGUA